AUAAAAACAGAUCUUUAAGAUUGGACAUGAGCAAAUGGAGGCAGGAAGCUCAGAUGUAAGAGAGGAGGAGGGAGCAUGUUGUGGUAGUGGGGGCGGUUAAGUGCUGUUGGCACUCUCAAGUCCGAAUGUGUGACAUGCACCGCAAGAGAGAUGUUCCACAGACCUACAUCGAGGCUCAUCUGAGCCCCGCGCUAUCGUUCAAAUAGCUUUAGGAUAAACGGGUACCUCAGGAGAGAAAACUUAUGAUAAAUCUGCAAGAAUGUGAGUAGAAACGAUUUUUUUCUCUCCCUUAAAGCAGAACUGACUGAAAAAUAUAACGUUUUAUGUCUGUCUAAUGAGCUGCUGGGGACAUUAAGGUUUCAAGUACUUUUUUCAUCAUUUCUUCUGAGCAGGUGGAUAUUUUUCUUUUUCCGUUUUGUUUUUUCUUUGCAACUUUCUCCGCCGUGGUUUUUGAACUUCAUAGAUGGAACUUCAAAAGGAAAAGUGUUGCGACUUCUUGAGUGCAUUUGAAAGUGGUGUUGGAUUUGCACAGAAACAGUUUUUGGUUCAUUUUUCCUUGAACGUGGAACGACAAUGAUCCCUUUGGAGUGUAUACUGGAACAACUACUGAAGUAAAUUCCUCUCGAACGCACGCCUUGAAAUAUUAUCUUUUUAAAAAAAGUCUGCGCCAGCCCAAAACCUUUUUGAGGUACAGUGGAGGAAACGGAUCUUUUCCAGACAAUCCUCAAGCCCAUCUGCUUCUAUCCAAAGAUGGCUGGCUGCGGCACCCGCUGUCAACAGGGGGUGCUCAAGUUGAUCCAGUCUAUUCAGAGAUUGCUUUCAGGAAGCCUUACAAAAGAUAAAACCGAUGAUGAGCUGGAGAUGACAACGGUGUGUCACAGGCCAGAGGCUCUCGAACAACUGGAAUCCCAAACUAACUUCUGCAAGCAGGAGCUCCAAAUCCUCUAUCGUGGUUUCAAGAAUGAAUGUCCAAGCGGAAUCGUAAAUGAGGAGACAUUUAAACACAUAUACGCACAGUUUUUUCCCCACGGAGACGCGAGCAUGUAUGCGCAUUAUCUUUUUAAUGCUUUUGACACGACUAACAAUGGCUCCAUUAAGUUUAAGGACUUUGUGAUGGGCUUGUCUAUCCUGCUGAGGGGAACCUUGAGAGAAAAACUUGAAUGGACGUUUCACCUUUAUGACAUUAACAGAGAUGGCUACAUAAACAGGGAGGAAAUGACAGAGAUUGUGAAGGCCAUUUACGACAUGAUGGGAAAGUACACUCACCCUGCGAUGAAGGGAGAUGUGCCACAGCAGCAUGUGGAUGCUUUUUUUCAAAAAAUGGACAAAAAUAAAGAUGGAGUGGUGACUUUAGAGGAAUUUGUAAUAGCCUGCCAGGAGGAUGAAAUCAUGAUGAAAUCAAUGCAGCUUUUUGAGAAUGUGAUGUAGGGCAGGAGGUGAUGAUAUUGCCAUACUCAAAAUCCGAGGGCUAUUUGUUAGUUAAUAUGUGUGGAUGCAUCUGAGCAGUGGCUCCAGUCUCUACUCUGGUCAUUGCAUCAAGCUGUGAACUGAGUGCAGACAUGUUUCCCGCAAAGACUUGGAUGUUAGUAAUGGACUGGAAUUCUUGUUGCAGCGUUUUGGGUGUCCCGAAGUAACCCCUGAGAAAGGCAUGGUAGUACAAUGGUCUUGCGUUUUUCAGUUGGGCCAGUCAAAGAAAAUGACAUGAGUAAUUGCUCGUGCUUAUUUAUUAUUGUUGGCAAAAGAUGCUCUCAAAAUGUAUGAUUCUCCAAAAGAUCUGGGUUUAUCUGCAAAUAUUUGCGCGAUUGUUUUUAAAAUGUUUCAUUCUUUGCGUAUCUCUGGCUGUAAUGUGCUUGGCGAAUCUGUUGUACGCUUUGUGUGUGUCAAUGUAAAGCAAAACUGUCUUGGAAGAGUAUUUGGGUCUUCAAGUCACGUUUUUUUUUUUACAUGCUCAAUGUCUAUAUGAGAAUUACAUUCUUUAAAUACUAUAUUUUUUCCGUCGCUGAUUUUAGUGUGUUUGAAAAAUAUAAACAAUGCAAACAUCGAGUAUGGACAUUUCUCUACUUGCCCGCAAUUUUAGUCUCUUGUGGUGUUAAAAAUGCUACUGUCAUUGGAAAUGCACAGGCCAUAGUGGGUGGAGCACUGAAAUAUUAAUCCAGGUUGUUUUUACAGGCAAUGCAGCUUUUUGCUCCUUCAUGUACAGUAUCAGUGGGAUGUCAUAGCCUCGGGUCUUACUUUGCAAUUGAUUUGCCUUAUUGUCACAAAUUUCUAAGCCAUACAAAUAAAAAUGUAAAUUCUUCAA